CAGAGAAUUUAUCUUGCAAAUAUUUACUACUGCAGUAAAUAUUUUACUCCUAUGUAAAAUUAUUCCCCUGUAAAUUCUUCAAAGGUUUUGAAACUGAAGAAUGAAGAAGACGAAGCAACAGCAACUGAUGAAAUUGGAACUAGCCAAACCAUUUCUGGAUGCUGAGAGGAUGGAAAGAACGGAUGAUUUCUCAGAAAAUGGGCAGCCGCAUUGUUCACUUUACCUCGAGGAACUCUGCUGGGAGUUACUUCCUUUUUUUGAUGGGGGAGAGAGGGGUAUAAAUCAUACUAUGAUCUAUUCACCGAUUGGAGACUACUUACGUUCCCUUGUGUCCAUGCCGGAACAAGGUGGAAAUCAAGAGAAGAUGUCAUUAAGUUUCUCAUGUCAGUGACCUCUGGAGGCAGCUUAAUCUCUGCAGAUUCAAUUUUCAGUUUGUUUUGGGGGAAUGGAUCAUUGGACUGAUAAGUAGAAAUGGAUUGAGCAAUAGACAGUUAAUUUUCCAAUAGAAGAAUAUAUGCCGUUUGAAGUACCUGUAAUGGUCGAGCAAUAAUACUUGCCUUCAUCACUUCUACAAUGAUAAAGAUGAGUUGGUCAGCACUGAACAUAUGAAAUGCUAUACCCACUGAAUGGAGGUCUACAAAAUCACCAACUAGGAAACAGAAGGAUAUGAGGUGAAUAAGGCCAUGAGAUUUACUUAAGUGACAACUUGGAUUAUGCACAUCUAUUUGAGACCUGGUUUCCAUCUGCAUCUUCAGUGAGCUUGGCUUGGAUAAAGGUUAGGUUGUUGAUUGACAGCUAUGAAUGUGUGUAUGCUUGCGUUAUUUAUUACUGGGGAUGUAAGUUGGAAAUAAAAAUUAAACUUUGAAGAGGAUUAUUUUGAGACAAAUCAAAAUCAGGCACGUGUAGGCCGUAACGUCAUCAUUAGGUGUAAUUAAUUUGAUGCUCUGUGGCUAUACAUGGAUUUAUUUAUCUUCUGCACUUUCCAAACAAUUCUUCUUCUAUCGAGCUUUGGAGUCAUCGCCUCAGUCUGUAUUGAGUUCAAGGUAAACAGUGUAGAUACUUGGGGAAUUUUACUGUAAUAGCGUUUUUGUUAGAACAAUUUAUCAUCAUGUCACUCUAGUAAAACUCUCACUUAAGGUCCUGCAGAUUUUGGAGUUUUAAUUUCCAUUACUAAGGAAUGAUAUACCCAGCCUCGCCUCCUGUACUGGUGAGAAUGGGGGCAGAUCUGCUGUGGUUUAAUGAAAACUCGUAAUUGCUUGAACUUUCAUUUCAGCAUCUUGGCGCUUCCCCUAGGAUAUGAUUCAGAAAUGACUCAAAAAGCUUUAGAUCGCUACUCCAUUUUAUUGGAAGACUUGUCAUUAUUUAAGCAUACGCAUGCAUACAUUUAAUGUGAUUCACCCUUUGAAGGUUUGCUGAAAAAUGAAGUCUGCCUAUUCUAUAAAAUUUACUAAAUGAAGAUAAAAUCUUCCAUUUGUAGUAAGUUGUGCUGAUGUUGGAUCUUGUAAAUAUAAUUUUAUAUGUACUGUUGGAGGGUAACAGAUUGGGUUAACUAAUAAGCAUUCGCUUCCUCUGUUUAUUUCAUCUAAUAGAAAUUGUUUUGUGUUUGAAAAAGACUAUUGUUUUAUGUUGAAUGUCUGUCUGCUAACCUAAGAAACCUGCCUAACCCAAAUUGCUUGUAAAUCUCUUGUCCUCAAGGUUUCGGAAAAAUCAAGAUCCCUGUUGUCACAUCCUUUUCAUCAUUGUCUGGGUCUCUGGGAUAGUGUGGUUUUUCUAAACUUUGAUAGAAGCAUCUAUUAAAAGGAGACACUUGACAUUGACAUGUAGGGUUGAACCGUCUUUGAAUUGCAUGUUAAAUAUCCUAACUGCUUUUGAUUCUGACUCUUGUUGAUCAGAUGGUUCAUUAUACUUUGCCUCUUAGCCAUCCAUGCUCUGAGCUGCCUUCAUAUUUGCAUUAAAUUUCUUGCUAGUUUCAUAUCCACUUAUAAAAUUAAUUGUAAAUUAGGAAUUAGAUUAUGUAUAUGUAACUGACAAAGUGGUGUAAUCAAGAAGUUAUUCUGGAUCAUUUUCUAAAGUUAACAUAUAUAUCUACAAAGUUUGGCUUUCCAUUGUAGAUCAGCAGAGAAUGGCAUCAACGCAGCAUUUGAAACAUCUUUUGUUCCAAACCACCCGUUUCUCCCAGCGUACUAGCUCCAUGGUGGUUUAUUACUUAUACUGAUACCAUUGGUCAGACAAUUUAUGGCAAACGACUCAGAAACAGUGUGGUAUGGUGGCGCUUGGAUAUGUAGCAAGCAACUGAAGCAUUAUAAAGCUUUAUGCACGAACGGAACUAAGAUACCUGUACAUUCAGUAGUAUGGAUCUUGGGUGGUGGAGGAAAAGACUACCUUGGUUAUGUGGAAGAUAUGUAUGAGACUCUCCAGGAGGAGAAAAUGGUAAGAGUGCGAAGGUUUCUUUUCCCCGAGGACAUCCAACAUCUGAUGCCUAAGCUAUGUUCGGAUUCGGGAGAAGUUUUCAUCACUUCAACCAAGGAGCAGCUUAGUGCAAAAGAAAUUGAUGGUCUAGCUUCGGUUUUGGCACCUAUAGAUUUUAAAAAGUGUGACGAAGUUCUUCCCCUUAAUUUGUCACUUAAAAUUUUUACUUGCCAUAGAGAAUUUAAAAGUAACAGUGUCAGCACCUUCAACAUAACUGAAUUAUGUGGCUACUAUGCACAACCCGUUCUCUCCACCCUGAAAUAUUUCUUUCCUGAGCCGAGUGAUGCUAUAGAAAAUUCAACUCAAGAAGGAGAUGACUGUAGUCCUCAGAAUCAAGCAGUUAUAACUUGCAAGAGUAAUGAGAUCCUCAUUGGGGAUCAAAUUGUCUCAGAAGUUGAUGCUGAUCUCCACAAUGUAGCCAAAGAUAAUCAAGCUGCAAAACGUGGACCUGCUAAUCAGUGCUUGAAAAUCAAACAGGCAAUGAAGGGGCCUGUUCAAGAUAAUAAUCCUUUGAUUUGGCCACAGAAUCAAAUGUUGUCUCGCGUCAAUGAAAAUAUUGAGCUUCUUAGUCAGGAUAGUGGUAUGCGUGGCUGCUGGUUUAGGUGCAAGAUCUUGCGCUCAUCAGCAAAGCUUAUGAGAGUUCAAUACUGUGAUGUGACAGAUGCUGACGAAGAUGGGAAUCUGGAGGAAUUGGUGGUGGCACCCAGAGAGGCAGCUACUGAUAGAUUGGGUAUGAGGUGUGCGGGACGCCUUACUGUGAGGCCAUGGCCUAGCUGGUAUUCAUCCGAUGCAAGGUUUGAGGUCGGGGAACCAGUUGAUGUGUGGCAGUGCCCUGGCUGGUGGGAAGGUGUUGUGAUUGGUUUCGACCCGUCUGCUGAAAAUACACUUCAAGUUUACUUCCCUGGCGAGAACAUACUCAAGAGUGUGAAGAAGAGAAACACUAGAGUUUCAAAGGAUUGGGUUGGUGAAAAAUGGGUGGAUAUUAUGGCAAAUCGUGAUAUACUUGCACUGGUAACAUCAUGUCUGAAUGCAAAGCCAAAAGUGUCGCUUCCCGAGAGUUCUGGCGACCGAGAGAGCGAUUGAAGAGCUCGGCGUACACAAACUGUGGAGACUCCAAGAUGCCCAAGCACAGCCACCUAGCCAUUAAGAUUUUAAACGCAGUACAACUGCUGGUGUAUGUGCAUCACAGUAAUGAAUUAUAGUACAUGUUUUUAAGGAAACUGCUUUCCAGCUUUCUUUCUUUGUUCAUUUUUAUCUAUUUCGAUACUUAAAAGAGUCUGAAUUAUGUGUUUUAACCAUCAAGUGUUGGGUCUUAUAAGGUCGAAAUUUACAGUAA